AUGGGGAUACUUGGCACAGCUUGCCAGAAGGGGGUGUCUUCUAAGCAGGCCAGUGAAGAGCAUUCCCCAGAGACCUCCCAGGCCAGACUCAUCUUUGGAAGAGCCCAUGCUGCAGAACAGCAGUUUCAUGGGAACAGCCACAGUAGUCGACGUGCUUGGAACUGUGGUCCGGAGAGGAUUGUCUUGGAAAUCAUCAAAGCUGUGGUCAAGACCUUCAAGUAUUUCUUUGGCCUGAGGUUUGAGGUGAAAGGACUGGAGAACUUUGAGGUGGAGGGCCCUGCUAUCAUUGUCUCCAACCACCAGAGCAUCCUGGAUAUGAUGGGGCUGAUGGAGGUCCUGCCCGAUGACUGUGUCCAGGUGGGCAAGAAGGAGCUGAUGUAUGCUGGCACUGUGGGGCUCAUCAUCUACCUAGGCGGCGUCAUCUUCAUCAACAGGAAGAGUACCAGCAGCGCCAAGAUGGUGAUGGCUGAGGUGGCCAAGACCAUGGCAACUGACAACGUGAAGGUGUGGGUAUACCCAGAGGGCACGAGGAACUGUACCGGGGACUUGCUGCCAUUCAAGAAAGGAGCAUUUCACCUUGCUGUUCAGGCACAGGUCCCAGUGAUCCCUGUGGUAUAUUCCUCCUUCACCACCUUCUACAAUCCGAAGAAGAAUCUGUUCACAUCAGGCAAAAUCAAGGUUGAGGUUCUGCCACCAAUAGAGACCAAAGGUCUGACAUCAGAUGACGUCUCCGACCUCACUGACAGAUGCUUUCACAUCAUGAGGGAGACCCUUUUCAGGCUGUCAGGCCGCCCAGGCGAAGUGAAGGACUCUUCCUAGAUGCUUCUCCAGUGGUGUCACUGUGUGGUGGUGGUCGAAGGGACCUGUCUGUUGCCAAAUACUGAAAGGAUUCUCUUUCUCUGCAGUGACUUUUAACUCUGGGGACACCACUGCCUGGCACACAGGGGAUGUCAAGCCAGCACUGAGGUUCCCCAUUGAGUAGACUUCUCUUGUGGGUUCAUUAUCUUGCAAUGAAACGUCUCCUUUUUUGAGUUUCUCAGGCAUGAAACUUGCGCUACCAAAGGGCCCAAUGACCAGAGAGGUGAGUUCCCCCAGUUCAGACAGCUGGGAUGGGCUAGUGAUAAAAACCUAGCUGACAGCGGGGCUUUGCCUCAUGUGAGUAUGUCCCCAGGCCCGUGUUCCUUCAGGUGCAGUUAGGUGGUGGCCUGGCCCUCUAAUAGUCCCAGAUGGAAAACUGCAGGGCAGCAGUUUUGUUCUGCAGAGCCCUGACCCUGCUUGCACAGGGCUGAGAAUUGGCUGAAAAUCUGACUCUGGGUCUCUGACAGCACUGCUCUCAACUGGCCUGCCAGUGCAGUGGUGGCACUCGGGUGCUGGGCCUGGGCUGUGGUUCUGCCAGCUUAACACUUCUGUAUACUGGGAGUGUCGUGUCCUCCCCUGGGUGGGUCCAGAGCAUGGCAGAGCUCAAGGGCCAGCUCUGAGGAAGGGCCCAGUGACUCUCCCUCCUUGAGAGGCUCUCUUGGGUUACAAUAGUGUCUUGUGCUGGAGUUACGCACUGUCCAGGCACUCUUGAGCAAAGUCUUUCCCUCUGGAAGAAAGAACCUAGGGGGCUGAUAACUCAAUUUCCUUAGGUUCAGCUGGGUUGGGAAGGGGAAUGUGUGGGGCCAGUUAGCCUUAUAGUAUCUCUUAGGGCUUGGUUUUUUUUUAUUUUUUUUUCUUGUCUGAACACGUGCCCUUGCUAGCUGAAGGGUGCAGUAACAGAGGGAAGCAGCAGCCUGACCAAGCCAGCACAUGUGGUUUUAGAAGAGUUUUAGCUAAAUGCUGUCCAACCUUGCCGGAAAUAAUCUUCUCAAUGAAACGUCACACUUGCAUUUCUGACAUUCAGAGCCACAAGCUUGACAAGACCAACCCAGAGCUGGUCUGUGUUGGGGUCCUGGGUGAACCUGUCCUCAUCAUGUGACUUGUCUACUGCAUGGCUCUGGGCAUUGUGUGGUAGCACGUGUCUGGCUCAGUGCUUCCUUGGUGUUUACCAGUGAAUUGUGCUGCAUACUUGCUGCUGGGAUGUUUGUUUGACCUCAUCAGAGCAGGCAGCUUGGUGCCUGUGGUACCUGUUGCUUGUGCUGCAAAGGGCUUUGUCACGCUCAUCUUACCACUUGUUAUGGUCAGUACUGGCCGAAAGAUGGUGCCUCUCCCAUGUUUCUUUGUACUGAUGUCAGUGGAGCUCCUGGUCUGCAAACUAUAAAAUUACUAAGGAGCCACAGGGACUAGGGGCUGCAUGGUUUCCUGCUUGUGGGAGAUGGGCUCCUUCCCCAGUGCUGCCAGAGUUCAGAUAAAAGGGGUUCCCCUUGACUGAAUUACCUGUGCUUUGGGGUGGCAGGCUAGCGGGGACCUGGAUCCCUCACUGGAAGCUGCAAAAGUGCUGAUGCUGUCUACGAAGGAGCAGGGGUGGAUCAAGCCCAUGCUUCCAGGGCAUAAUCUCUACGUUUAACUGGGGUACCUUCCCCCAGCCCAGGGAGGCUUUAGCCCUCUGGUAGGGAGUGCGGUCUUGAGAUAAGCCUCUUCAGGCUACUUGGGUAACCAAGGCCUUUUGCAGCCUGUCUCUGGCCCUCUUAAUGGGAGUGGGGUCAUGGCAUUUCAGGGGGCUGCAUCCAUGACUGGAAAAGGCAUCUGAUGCCUCCAGCAGCUCCUGCAGAACCAGAAAGCCUCGAGGGAGGGAGCCCUUGGGCCAAGCAGGGCUACAGUUCAGCACUAUGAAGUCUCAGGGUUCAAAUGCAGCAGGGGAUGGGGAUGGGGGAGACUGAAACCAAACCAGCACUUUGUGUAAGAGUAGCAGACAAAUGGCUGUGUCAUGGAGGCAAAACCCAUGAAGGUCCAAGGAGUGCUCCUUGCCUCCUGGCUGGAAGGGGAGCAACUGGACUCGGGGAAGUGGGCAUCAUGGCCAAAGAUAACCAUGUCCCCCGGGCAACUCCUGGAGCAUCUGCUCCUCAGAAGGAGGGAGCAGUUCCCCUGUGUGCAGUUGUCUGCUGUUCACUUUUAAUUGGCUUGAUGAUAAUGUAUUUUCUUUUAAAAAGUACACCUUUGGUUAUUUAAAUAAA